AUGUAUUCAUCAAUAUGCCGCAGACAGUGUUUAUUAAGGGCUACAGUAAAUUUAGAAUAUUUACAAAAGAAUGGUUUGUCUAUAUGGUCUCCCCUGGCUGAAGCGUUUAAUACAAGACCGUCCCAUAAAUUUAAUUACCGCAGGGAAAAUAUAGGUUUAUUUGGAGUUCCUGAACUAACUUCCAGUGAAGGAUUUAAUAAUAUAGAACAUAAAUGUAUUAAGAAUACAAAUAAUUUCAUAAACGAAGCAUUAAGCAAUGAAAGGAAUACAAAAAUGGUUGAAAUUUUUGAUAACAUGUCAGAUUCUCUAUGCCAAGUAGCAGAUUUGGCAGAAUUCAUUAGACUUGCUCAUCCUGACAAUAAGUAUCGUAGAGCGGCAGAAAAUGCAUGCUGUGCGGUCAGUGGUGUGGUUGAAAAACUAAACACAAAUUUAUCUCUGUACAGGGCACUUAAAGAAGCUGUAAACAAAUUAGAUAUUGACAAAAAUACAGUUGUAGAUAAACAUGUUGGCGAAUUAUUCCUCAUAGACUUUGAACAGUGCGGUAUACAUCUGCCAAAACUUGAAAGAAAUAAAGUUGUUGCUUUAACGGAUGAGAUUCUUAGUUUAGGUCAGCAAUUUGUGGCAAAUUCUUCAACGCCUAGAUUGAUAAAUAAAUUUAACUUGCCAAAUAAUGUUAGAAAUAUUUUGACUAGUGAUGGAGACACAAUUGUGGUGUCAGGCCUUUACACAGAUUCAGUGGACCCUCUGGCUAGGGAAAUGGCCUACAGAAUAUUCUUACAUCCAGACCCUAAUCAAGAUCUUAUCCUAAACAGAAUGCUAUCCUGCAGACAUGAAUUAGCAAGACUUUGUGGUUUUUCCACAUAUGGCCAUCGCGCUCUAAAAGGUUCCAUCUGUGAACAUCCUGAACAAGUAAUGUCAUUUUUAACAAAAUUGUCGCAAGACAUUUGGAGCAAAUCCAAAGCUGAUUUUGCUACUAUGACCAAAAUGAAAGCUGUAGAAAAUGCACAUUGUGGCCCGGUUAUGGCUUGGGAUGUCCCUUAUUUUACACAGAAAGCUAAAAAAGAUUGGUUUAGGGUGUCUACUAAAGAGUAUUCUCCAUAUUUCUCUUUGGGAGCCUGUAUGGAUGGACUGAACACACUUUUUGAGGCUUUAUAUGGGGUUCAGUUGGUUAAUUCUGAAGUAUCUCCAGGAGAGUGUUGGUCUCCUGAUGUCUACAAACUUUCAGUAGUCCAUGAAACUGAGGGUCUCCUAGGUCAUAUAUAUUGUGAUUUCUAUGAAAGAACUGAAAAACCGAAUCAAGACUGUCAUUUCACCAUCAGAGGUGGGCGAUAUUUAGCUGAUGGUACUUAUCAACAACCAAUUGUAGUACUUAUGUUAAAUCUUCCCACACCUCGUUGGUCUAGUCCAUCUCUGCUGAGCCCUAGUAUGGUAGAUAAUCUAUUUCACGAAAUGGGUCAUGCUAUGCAUUCGAUGCUAGCUAGAACUAGGUACCAACAUGUUAGCGGGACUAGAUGUAGUACCGAUUUUGCUGAAGUACCAUCAAUACUUAUGGAAUACUUUGCAUCUGAUCAUAGAGUACUUAGAAAAUUUGCAAGACAUUUUCAGACCCAGCAGCCCAUUUCUGAAGAUAUGUUGCAAAGAUUGUGUGCUUCAAAAAGAUUAUUUACAGCUAGCGAAACCCAGUUGCAAAUAUUUUAUGCAGCCAUUGAUCAAAAAUACCAUGGUUUGCAUCCUUUAGCUGGUAGCACAACAGAAGUACUCGCAAAUACACAAAAAGACUUUUAUUGUUUGCCGCAUAUACCAAAUACAGCCUGGCAAUUGAGAUUCAGUCAUUUAGUGGGAUAUGGGGCUAAAUAUUAUUCUUAUUUAGUAUCUAGAGCUUUGGCUUAUUCAGUUUGGACACAAUACUUUGAAAAAGAUCCAUUUAACAGGGAGAACGGUCAGAAAUAUAGGGAGGAGUGUCUCAGUCAUGGAGGUGGUAAACAUCCUAGAAGCUUGGUUGCCGAUUUUCUGAAAGUUGAUCCCAAACCAGAAGUUUUGGCCGGUUUUUUGAUCAACGAAAUAGAUUUUCAUCAGAGUCAGGUUGACAUGGUUUUGGGGAAAAAUAAAAUGGUUAGCUAG